UUGUCAAUGAAAAAAUAUUAAGUGACAACUCAAACUUCACUCUUAAAACAAAUCUGUCAUACCGGAUAUCCCAAACCAAAUUGACUAUCGUAAAUUGACAAGUAAUAACGGAGAAAUACAGUAUAUAGCGGAAGAAAAUAAUAUACUAUCAGGUUAAUGUGAUGGACGUCACCGUACUUUUAAAUUACCCAGAAGACACUUACUCGAAUUCAUUGACAAACUUGGCAUCACAUCAUAACGUUUCAACACUUCAACCAGACGGGCCACCUUUCUUGAAAGAUAUUGAAUAUAAUGAAUUUGUAAGACGAUGGCCAGAAUUUACAUUGAUGGUAUGUUUGUCCUUAAUUGGAACGAUAGGGAAUGCUCACACAAUACUGGUGUACACACGAGUUAGAAAUAUGAAAGAACGGUCGAAUGUCCGUACAUUAAUUAUUUGGCUCUCUGCUGUCGACUUAGUAACGUCUGUUUUAGUUAUGCCGUUCGAGAUGGUCGUUACUCGCCUGAUUUAUUCAAUUUCAUCAAAUGCUGUUUGUAAACUUGUUCGAUAUAUAAGUCAUUCGACAGCCUUCGCUUCAUGGUUGAUAUUAACAGUCAUUGCCUACGAGAGAUACAAAAGUAUCUACAGCAUAUUGUUAGGUGCUAGCUCAGCGUCAAAUUACAAGUUUAAGGUAACCAGAUGGAUCAAGACGAAAUCUACUCAUUUCAAACAUCAUUUUAUUUGUAUUUUUAUCAUUUUAUUGUCAUUAAUGGUUUCCAUUCCAUUUCCAGUUGUUAUUGGUAUUGAAAAGUUUCAGUUGAAACCGGAAUUAUUUGGGACUAUAUGUACAACACAGAUUAGGUACAGAAGUAAACUGUAUGCUGGAUUUUUUGCUGGGAUAACAGCAAGUUUCGUGAUGAGUUGCUUUAUCUGUUGUUCUUAUUGUUAUGGAAAGAUAAUAUAUAUUAUUCGUAAACAAUCUGUGAAAGAACAAAAGAGAAGAGAAAAUGUAACAAAAUUAAGAGAAAACCAUCUGAAGGAUAAACUUGUUUUCGGAAAUAGGAAACCAGGUGUGAAAAAUGCCAAAUACAAGGUUACCAUCAGUCUUAUUGUAGCAACUGCAUUAUCCUUUUGUAGUUUCAUAAUUUUUGCGAUUGCAAUAUCAAUGAAGCUGUUGAAAUCAGACCUAAAAAGAAACCUGAUUGUAGAUUUUGCCUUGCGUGGAAUUUUUAUAAAUCACACAUGCAAUCCCGUCAUUUAUUUUUUGUUUGACAGUAAAUUUAGGGAUGCAUGCAAAAAACUAUAUACAAAACAAAUGUAAAUGUUUAUUUAUUAACUCUGUGUUUGCGAUUGCUGACAUGGAUCGUGUGGAUUCAUUUAUAUUCGUUGGAUACCAAUUCUCGUCGAUUUCGUGGGAACAGGGGAACCACGAAUAUAAAUGUUCAACUGUAAAAUACAAAAAUGUAUGCAAACUUUUCCAAAACCACAAAUUUAAAUAUCAUCGAAUAUGUAAGUUUUUCUCAAUUCACGAAAAUUGGUACGAACGAAAUAAAUGAAUCCACGGUAAAUUAUGUGGUCUUUAAAAGCUUUUUUAUUCUGUUCACAUUUGUAAUGAAAUUGCCAUCUUUAGAUGUUGUUUUGAUCUUUUUUUUUCUUCAAGUCUUCUGUUCCCUUUUCAUGCGUGUAUUUUAGUUAAGCAACAUUUCUGUCAGGCGUUUGAAAUUAUAUUAUACAUUUUAUAAGCUUUGGAACUGACCCUGCUUAGUAUGACACUGUAUUUCUUUUAAAUGCAUCUCCUUCGUAACCAAAUAUUUUUUUCGACCAGCAUAGUACAUUACAUCCUAAGGAAGCUUCAGUCAAUUUGGACCGAAACUAUACGAUGACAUCUUAUAGUAGUUAUCUACCCUUCACUGUAUAUGUAAUGCAUAAUUAUGUUCUUACGUGUAGGAAUAACUUGUUCUAAUUAUGAUAAAAAAUACUAAAAGAAAGAGGUAUUUAUCAAAGGUUUUUUAGUGUUUUCCUUGUAACUGAAAAAUAAACUGAAAUUUGUUAAUUUAUUUUAGAAACGACUAUUACCAAGCUUUUCUUUAAGACAGAGUUAAGAGUUCUUCCAAAUAAUGUCUGUACAGGCUUACAUACUUUGUUUUGGAUAUUCCCUUUUUGUUAUGGUGGCUAAUAAAAUAGGGUUAUUGCAUGAAUAUUGGGUAAUAUUGUCCCGAGUAGAAUUUAAUAUUGCAUGAGUUUGCGAGUGCAAUAUAUGUUUUACGAGGGACGAUAUUCCACAAUACUCAUGUAAUAACCCUUUUAUUGUAUAGAAAUACAAUAUUUGAAAGUAAGAAAUAGUUUAAACUAAGAUUUUGUCGAUGAUGACGUCAUGAAUUUUUAGUAUUAAUUGCACUAGUGCAAUAUUGGAAUUUAUUGCACGCUAACUUUUGUUACUUUC